AAAAUGAUUGCAUGUCAAAAUGAUUCUGCUUCCCAUUUUCCUCACCAAAGCCUGAACACUGCAGCGAUGCCUCCCCCCGGUGUGUGUCUGAACAUUAUGGAGGCCCGUCAAAGGCAGGACGGUUAUGGUUGCUUUGCCAACCCUGAGAGGUUUUUAAACCAAGACUACCAGCAGCUGGAACAGUAUUGCAACAUUCGAGGAGUGCGGUACAUCGACGACAUCUUCCCCCCCGACCGGAAAUCUAUUGGCGAAGGGAUACUGAAGCCUUCUGACCUGAAGCGAGUGGUGUGGCUGAGACCAGCGAAAAUUGCUCCUUAUCCAGCCUUUGUACUUGAUGGGGUCUCCAGGUUUGACAUUGGCCAAGGACUAGUUGAAAACUGCUGGUUUCUGGCCUCUAUUGGAGCACUGACCUUCCAAAAUGACAUCCUCUGUAAAGUCGUCCCUCUUGAGCAAACAUUCAAUGGGAAAUACUGCGGGAUGUUCCACUUCAGGUUUUGGAGAUUUGGAAGAUGGGUUGACGUCAUCAUUGAUGACAAGCUACCAACAAUUGAUGGCAGACUGAUCUUUGUCCGCUCCAAAGACCAAAAUGAGUUUUGGCCUGCUUUGAUGGAGAAAGCCUAUGCCAAAGUAUGUGGUUCCUAUACUGACAUGAAUGCUGGAACUCCUGCCGAGGCAAUGAUGGACUUCACUGGUGGUGUUCACAUGUCGAUCGCGCUGUCAAACCCCCCCACAAACCUGUGGGAGCUGAUAUGCAGAGCUAGCCAAACCAAGUCUCUAAUGGGCUGUGGUACAGCUCAGGGGGAAACAUCUGCCAACGCCGUUUUACCGAAUGGAUUGGUCCAAGGCCAUGCCUACACUGUUACGGGUGUGAAACAGAUGAUGAGCCGAGGGAAACAAAUAAACCUGGUGCGUUUGUGGAACCCCUGGGGCACAGGAGAGUGGAACAGAGACUGGAGCGAUCGGUCUCCUCUGUGGCAAACCGUGAGUUCCAAAGAUCGGGAAAUGUGCCUUUCAGUGGCUGAUGAUGGAGAGUUUUGGAUGAGCCUGGAAGACUUGUGUGAGUUCUACACAGAUCUGGACAUCUGCUCCCUGAGUCCAGACUACCUUGAUGGAAACUCGUCCUGUCACUGGAAGACCUACAUGAAUGAUGGCCGAUGGGUUGCAGGAACAACUGCUGGAGGAUGCAUGAAUAAUAGAAACAGUUACUGGACCAAUCCACAGUAUCGGGUCAACAUUGGCGGUCAAAGUCCGGAGAACAAUGGAGAGAAAAAUGUGCUGGUGUCUCUCAUGCAAAAGCCUGACAAGAGAAACAGACACCUGGUUCAAAGCCUCCACAUUGGUCUCUGUGUAUUUGAGGUGAAAGACAAGUGCAAGGCGCAGAAGGGGAAGUUCCCAGCCUCCUUCUUCAGUAGCCACGCACCAGUUGCCCAAAGUAAAACCUACAUUAAUGCACGUGAGGUGAUGGAGUUCCUGAUGCUGAGGCCUGGUGAGUACCUCAUCGUACCGUCCACCUUCAAUGCCAAUGAGAAGGCCUCCUUCAUCCUGACCAUCAUGUCCAAGGCAGAGGCCAUGGUCUAUGAGAACUCUGGUGACCCUCAAGAUGAGCCAACUGAAAGGUUCAACAUCAAACAAGUCAAAAAUGAACAGGACGACGAGAACAAGAUAUCCUUUUUCCGCCAAAACUCCGACAAGUACGAAGAGGUGGAUGCUGAGCAGCUGCAGAGGCUUCUGAAUGAAAACGUGCUGAAAGGAGAUUUGAAAUCUGGAGGCUUUACCAUUGAUGCCUGUCGCAGCAUGGUCGCUCUGAUGGAUACAUCAAUCACCGGCAAACUGAAUGGGGAGGAAUUUGUUCGUCUGUGGAAGAAGGUCCUCAUGUACAAGGACAUUUUCUUCCGCACUGACGUUUCACGAACUGGAACACUGUCAAUGAACGAGCUGAGGAACGCUUUCCUAGCUUUAGGCAUUAAUGUCAAGGAUGACAUGCUGAGUUUGAUGGCGCUGCGCUACGGAGCCUCCACUGGACACCUGACUCUGGAGAGCUUCAUCAGUCUCAUCCUCCGCUUCGAAUGCAUGUACAAAAUCUUUAAACAAUUGUCUGGGGGACAAGCCAUCACUCUUCAGGAGUCGGAGUGGAUGUACAUUUCCAUGUACACUUAACCCAACAAGGGAGAUGGACGGAACAAUUCUUCAAGAAAUACAGGAGUAGUUAUUUCAAAGUGUUUUCUUUGAUUUGUCAUAUUACAUAAUGAGCCAAUACAUAAUAAAUACUUUAGUUUAGCUAAAGGGCAUUCUUUUUUUACUACUCUAACAAUGUUGCAUUGCAAUACACAUUAAUGAGAAAAACGCUAAAUAACCAAUCCUAUAACAUGAAUCUGUAGCACCACGUAGACUUAAUGUAAGAUGUGAUAAUAAGAUGGAAAGUUAUAAUAAUAACAGACUUAGUUACUGAACUUAUUUUUGUAGUUUUAUUAGAAUUAUAAUGAAAUCUUACAAGCGUUUGUCUAAUCACUUUUUGGAUAUUAUAUGACAUAAUAUUAAGUACUUUUUAACUGCAAAAUCCUUUACCCAUUUUUGACAACUUUAAUCAAACAAUAAAGAUGUCAAUUCUGUGAGAAUAUGUGUAAAGUGUUGGAAUGGGUUUCGGGCUGGCCUCGUUUAGCAUGCUCACUGUCGGUCAUCUGCAAAUUUCAUUUGUCUUGGAUAAAAAUUUG